CGCUGUCCCGCGCCUCCCCUCGUCCCGGGCACUCCCCCGGCCCCGCGUCCCUCCUCUGGCCCCCGCCGCGCUCCCCCUCCAGGCCGCGCCCCCGCGCCGGGCCUGCUCGCGCUCGGGGCCGGCGGCGGCGGGCGUGCCAUGGGCAGCGGCAGCAGCCGGAGCGGCCGGACCCUGAGGCGGCGGCGCGGCACCGACAGCCGCGCGGCUGGACCGGGCUCGGCAGCGCCGGAGGAGGGGGCGGCGACGGCGGCGACGGCCGAGGCCCCGGGGACAGGCGCAGCGGCGGCGCAGGAGGCGGCCGGCCACGACCCCCGCCCCGCGGCGCCCCCCGACGGCCGGGAGGAGACCCUGCGCCUGCUGGACCAGCUGCUGGCCGAGUCGGCGGCCUGGGGCCCUCAGGAACCCGCCCCGCGCGGCGCGGCCCGGCCCCGACCUGCCGCGGGCACCCGCAGCGCGGUGUGCCCAGAACCUCAGGCUGAAGACCACCCAGAGGGCAGCCAUGCCUCUGAAGCCCCAAGCAGCAGCCACAAGCGGUCUGAGAGGCAGUCGGCCAUCUCCUACGACUACGCAGAGGAGGAGCUGAUGGCCAGCAUAGAGCGGGAGUACUGCCGCUGAGGCUGGCCGUGCAGGGGCCUGACUGGCUCCACAGUCACCGCUGAUCAGGCCUCACAGGCCCUGGGCUGCGUGAGGGAUCACUUUCCCCACCAGGGCUCAGCUGGAGCUGAACUUCCUGCAAAACCUAGCAGUUCCCCAACCUUUCAAAACUGACCUUUUCAGCUUCACAUUCAGACAUGGCUGUCCUGCUUGCUGGCGGGUGGCAUCAGCUGUGCAGACCUGGCCCUGCUGGGGCAGGUACCCAGUCACAGGCAGAGACUUGUCUGUAGAGCUCUCCUGGAGCUUGAGGAUUCCUCUUGGAACAUGCACCCAGGUGUGCCCUCACGCCUCCUGCUGGUCUCCAGAGGAGGCCUGUCCCUCAGUGCAUCUGGAUUUUCACGAGCAACGAACCCCAUGGAAUGUGGCUUAAGUGCAGAUCUGACUCUCUAGGCCGAGUGGGGCCUGAGGCUCUGCACCUCUGACCGGCUCCCGGCGGCCCUCAGCCUGAGGGUGUAGGGCCUGAGCUUUGGGCCUUUCUCUGGCUGUUCCCUCCGUGGUGCUAGAGGCUCCUCCAGCCUGCAGCCGCCUGCGUCCCCUGCUUGGAUGUGGGAGAAGAGAGCACAGGGCUGGGAGCGCAGAGCCGGCCAGCACCCUGGUCUGCACUGACCUGUCGUGGAUGGCAGGGUGCCUCACCUUCCUUCUCUGGGCCUCAGGCUCCCUCUCCGAGAGAGUCCUGGAGGAUCUUUGACAGUCUGAGAUCACACAGCUCCCCUGCCAUCGCAGCCCCACCCUGCUGGUAAGCAGAACUGCUUCUGUGCUGAGUGGCUGCCCAGUCACCUGGACAGGGUCUAGGGGUUCCUGCUGUCUAGCUCCACUUGCCAGGUAGCCUGUUCAUCCCCCACGGGACCUUCCACUCUUUCUCCCUGGGCAGCAGGUAGACAAUCACAGCCACGAGGCCAGAAGAACCUUCCACGGUUCCCAGUUGACAAAUGGAAAGCUGACCUGCCCAGAACCACCUGCAAUACGCCCAGGGGCUGGAAUAACGGCAGCUUUUUGCUGAAGCCCUAAGAACUCUCGGCUCAUCUCACACUUCCCACCAACACCGCGGCCUCCCCAGGCAGCCUCCGUUUCCUGAGAAGUGCUGCCAGUCCUCGCAUCCUGUCCUCGGAACACAACUGGAGCCAGAGCCUCUCAGGAACUGAGGAAGGGACAGCCACUUGGCACCGCCCCUGUGCUCACGGGCCAGUGGCUGUCACUGACAAGCAUUUCUGUGAACUUUUGUGAGUUGACAAGAGUGCCUUUGAUCAGUUGCUCGCAGCUGGGAGACUAGGACCACAAAGUCAAAGCACAGAGCAGCGGAGCCGGUCACCAGCCUCUGGGCUGUUGGCUCAGAACGUCCCUAAAGCUGGGAGCUGUUCUGCACCUAGGUCCAAACCAUUCCUCUUGAUAUAAAGAUGAAAGUCAUUACUAUUUUAAUAAUACAAAUGCUUACUUUAAAAGAAGUUAAAAUUUUAUUUCUUACUGCUGGAUAAAUCAGGCUUUGAACUUGAUGUAAAUGUUUACAACUUUGUGUCUUUAUUUUGUUAAAAUAGGACACAUUCAACUGAUUUCCAAGAAAAAGAUGGUGCCUCUGCA